CGCUCUCGCUCUCGCUCCCGCGUGCAUCGCAGUAGUGCGCAGAGAUCGUCGCCGAGUUUUGACACUGCGAGCGAGGAACGUGCGGAGGGACGUGGCCCGUGAAAGGAGAUACCGUGUUCCUGCGGGGGGUAAACUCGCGAUGGCUCGCACCUUUCAGAAACCGGACCCGGCCGAAGUCCUGAAGUUAUGAUGUGACGAUACCCGAAGCAUCCGCGGUGAGCGAUGGCGUCGAUCUGCCGGCGCUGGAGAUUAUGGAUAUUGCCCGUGCUGACCUGCCUGUACGCGCUGCUCAUCGUCAUACUCGUGCCAAUCCUGCUGGUCAACUCCAUCAAGAAUGGCUUUAAGAAGCAGGACCAGGGCGCGCUGGUGGGCGGCGCGUUUGUCCUGCUGGCGUUGCCCAUCACCUUCUACGAGAUCAUCCAACACAUGAUAUACUACACGCAGCCUAGGCUACAGAAGUAUAUAAUAAGGAUAUUAUGGAUGGUACCCAUCUACGCAGUGAAUGCCUGGUUAGGUCUGGUAUAUCCCGAGGGGAGUAUAUACGUGGACAGCUUGAGGGAGUGCUACGAGGCUUACGUGAUAUACAAUUUCAUGAUGUAUCUGCUGGCCUACCUGAACGCCGACCACCAAUUGGAGCAUAGACUGGAGAUCUCGCCUCAGGUGCACCAUAUGUUCCCACUAUGCUGCCUUCCCGACUGGGAGAUGGGCAGAGAAUUUGUACAUAUGUGCAAGCACGGGAUCUUACAAUAUACAGCUGUUAGGCCUAUAUCAACUUUGAUAUCAUUCAUAUGCGAGUUGAACGGAGUCUACGGGGAGGGUGAGUUUAAGGGGGACGUCGCCUUCCCGUACAUGAUCGCCGUCAACAAUCUGUCGCAGUUCGUCGCCAUGUACUGUCUGGUACUCUUUUACCGUGCCAACGUAGAGGCCUUGAAGCCGAUGAAGCCGAUCGGGAAAUUUUUAUGCAUCAAAGCUGUCGUGUUCUUCUCGUUCUUUCAAGGAGUGUUGCUAGCUCUCUUGGUGUACUUCGACGUCAUAUCGAGUAUUUUUGAUACGGAUAACUCGGAUGACAUCAGGAAUAUAUCGUCCAAAUUGCAGGAUUUCCUAAUUUGCAUAGAGAUGUUUUUAGCCGCGGUGGCGCAUCACUAUAGCUUCUCCUACAAACCGUUUGUCAAUUUGGCGCAGGGUCAAGCGUGGUGGGAUGCAUUUAGAGCGAUGUGGGACGUUUCUGACGUGCACAACGACAUAAAGGAGCACUUGGGCGUCGUCGGCUCGUCCCUGAGUCGCAGGAUACGCGGACGCGGUGCAUAUCAGCAGGCUUGGGGAAGCGCGACGGAGCGUACGUCGCUUCUGCCCGAGGUCGCGGUGGUGAGCCAAGCCAGGAGCGCGCCUGCCUGUUCGUUUUCGGGCUACAAUACCGAGGCCGGACUGAACAAUAAUCCAUCCGUUGGGGAAUCCGAAGAGGCGGCCGUCAACGCGCUGGACAGCAGUAAUGCCAUCAAUACGUAGCCAAUACGUUCAAAUCCGUCUGCGUGGGGAACGGUACUCGAGCGGAUCUGUCGCGAGACCGGCGACUUUACGAAUAUCGCUCCUUAGUAUUAACUCUAAGUGGGGAAAGGGGGGUAUAUAGUUUUACAACAACAUUCUUCAGCGUACAAUUGUACAAAUCAUUGCGAUCACUUAUCACAUGCAUAUCGCGUCGAGACGUACACGUGAUGUCCCGGGACCGCGGGAUGUUCGCGUGAAUCACGGUCGAUUCGAGGAUAAUCAGCGAGAACGUCGAAACAAUUGUAUUAUUGUUGCGUCGGACAUUUUCGUGGCGAGCUCGCGUUAGAAUCUCUGGAUUUAAAUUUCGUCCGAAAUUAAUCGGAAUAUCUUGAGCUCUCGUCGUUCUCCGUUAAACGCGCUGACGAGUCGGCUGAAGAGUCUUUAGAGAAAGAGGACAUCCGGCGGUCUCGGGACGUCCUGUGGCGCGACGCGAUUUACGACUUAAGGAAUUUGAUACGACGAACGGUGAAUUUUGUGAGGAAUGUCAACUCGCUUGUUACGUUCUUACUUUGCGAAAGGCACUCGUGCACCUUGCAUUACCAAAUGAUAUACUACCAAAUACGAUGUACAUACAUUUAUAUAUACGUAGAGAGAGAAAGAUUGAGGAAAUGUGAUCCUGUACGAUAAUGUUUGUACAUACCUCGAAUGACCAACGCAUCACACACACACAUACACACAUUUUAUCACACGUCCGACAGAGAUGUAUCUUAUCUUUUUUUCCCUCUCGAUGUAUCAAACAAAGGCCACAAGAACGAGCCGUCCGGACGUCAGACGCUCGGGAUCUACCUGUAAUCUGGCUAUUCUUUUUCGCUUUAUGUGUACACACGCGAAUGUGUAUAUCACACUCUGUGUAUGUUUAAUUUAAAUUUAUUUUAUGAUUACAGUAUAUCGGAAAGAAUAAAGUCUGUGUACGUUUUGCAUUGACCCUUACAGAAA